AAUUGAUAAGUGAGAGAUCCCAUCUAAGUAUUGCGAAUACAAUUUUGGAUCUGACAAACUGUAAAAUUUUCAGAAUAUAAUAAUAUAUUAUAUUAUAUUAAUGUUUGAUAAAUAAUAAAAAUGGGUAAUUUACUGUAAAUAUGUUGUAUACAUAAGUCUGUAUAUAUUUUCGUAAAGUUCGUGUGUGCUGAAAAAUGUCAAAGUAAUUCAUGCAUUUCUAAGAACACGGUGCUUAUAAACAAGAACAACGUUUACCAAAUUUUAAGCAAACAUAUCAUGGAUUAUCAUAAAAAGACAGUAUCGGCACCAUCCCACAAAUGUAAAAAUGAAGAUGAUGAAGAUGACUUGGAGGCUCUGAGACUUGCUGCUUUACAAACAUUACGCGUUAAAGAUACAUUGCAGAAGAAACGUCACUCUCCUCAUCAAAGUCAUGGUGGAGCUUUUCAAGGGACACAGUCACUGCGUUCUUAUUAUAAACAGGCAAGAGAUCAUUUUCAUCACAGACAACAGAGGCAGAAUGGAGUCAGACAUAAUUACUUCCCUAAAAAUACUUACCGCAAUCCGAAUUUGAUAGAAAUUGUUCCACAAGGAGAAGUAAAUGCGACAUCUGUUUCAAAGGAAAAUAUUGACACAGGAGUUAAUCAAACUUCUUCAGAUGGAUCAAAAUUUCAAAGAUAUGACGAUAAUGCAAGUGGCUCAGAGGAUGACGAAGUGAAGGAUAUUGAUGUUAAAGUAGAAGUGAAAGCAGAAGAAAUAGAAUCCACUGAAGUUGAUGAGAAUGUAGCGGAUAGGGAAAGUGAAAGUGGUCUUAACGAAUGUUUGUCAGAAAGAACUGCCGAGGAAGCAGAUGAAGAUCGACUUCUCAACGACGAUGAUGACGAUGUUCUUCUUAUGGCCGAUUUAGAAGAAGAAGACAGUCUCGAGCGUCUAAUGGAUGAAAUGGAGAGGGAAAUAAAGGACGACAAAAUAGAAAUAACGGAGAAGAAAGUGACGAAGAAAGAAAAAGUUGCACUGAAAAAAGUACGAGAUGAUUCUCGUAAACUUGAAACUAAAGUAAAGUUGAAAGUUGAAGUACCUAAAGUUAAAGAGGAAGUUGUCAAGGAAAAGGUGGACAUUCCUGUUGCUCCCAAAGCUGCUAAACCUGAAGUAAAAGAAGUUGUUGCUAAACCCGAACCAAGACCUCUUUCUCCUCGAACAACAAAUAUUAGGAGACGAUCUGUUUCUCCUAAGCCUCGACCUUGGAGAAAAGUAUCGCCUCGCAGAUCACCGAGAAGAUCACCUUUACGAUUAUUAAAAAAGCCGUUGAGAGAAAUUUCCAGGUAUAGAUCACCGAGAAAAUCUCCAACAAGAUAUUCACCUCGAUCUCCAAAAAUUUCCCCUCGUCAAAAGUCUCCUAGAAAUUCACCUCAGAGAUCUCCUGAUAGAAGAUCUCCGCUAAUGUCUAGAGCGAUGUCUCCUAGGAAUAGGUCUCCAAGACCCACUCGAUCACUCUCUCGAUCACCGAGAAUGUGGUCCAGAUCUUCAAGGUCGCGAUCAAGAACGCCAAGACGAUUAUCGCCUAGAAGAUUACGAUCUCCCAGGUAUUCACCUCACAGAUACUCUCCGAGACCGAAAAUUAGAGUUUCACGAUCCAGAAGUCCCCGAUCGCCACGAAGAAGAAUUUCACGGUCCAGGAGUCCUCGAUCUCCCAGGAGAGGAUCUCCUCGACUCAGAUCACCGAGAAUGUCUCCAAGAAGGCUCUCCCCACGUUAUCGUUCACCAAGAGGAUCUCCACGACGAUCUCCUUGGUCCUCCCCGAGAAGAUCGCCUCGUUUGUCACCCAAAAGGCUUAAAUCCCCUCGAUGGUCACCCAAAGACUGCACUCGAAAGUCUAGAGUUAAAUCUGCCUCUCCGGAAAAACGUGGCAAUUCCCCCCUGAAGAAAAAUCUCACCGAUGAGAAGAAGACAUCCGAACUUGAUAAACCGAAACCCAAAAAAGAAACUCUUCCCCAAAAAUCUCAACCCGAGGUAAAAGAAGAGCAAAUCCUAGAUCCUAUUCUAGAAGCUCGGAAACGGAAAUUCGAGUCCAUUACUCCAAUUGAUCCGAUUAAUGCCAAUAAAACAAUUAAAUUAAGCAACAAGAAGGAAGAAAGUAAAAAAUUAACUCUCAAACAGCCGGAAGUAAAGGAAGUAGAUGUUAAGAAAAUUAUUGUUAAGCGAACGGAACCCACCGAACCUAUGGAGGAGUCUGUUGAGAAAAGAAGGAGAAAAGUAAUAACUUUAGAACCUAAGGAUGAAGAGGAAGAUUUAUUACCUGAGGAAAUAUAUGAUAGUGAAAGUAUAGAGGAAGAAACUAAUGAAGAGGUGGAGGAGAAAAUUCAAAAUGUAGAGGAAGUUUGUUUGGAAGUGCAUCCGAUAAAUCAGGAGAAGAAGAAGAAGAAGGAUAAAGAAAUCUAUCAGGUUGGAAAAUUGAAAGAUCUAUCGAUUGCAGAACGCAUUUCAAAGGAGAAGAAAUUGAAGAAGCGAAAAGUUGAGACUGUUAUAAGUGGGACAAGUGAAAUUGAAACGGAUUUAGAAGAUGUUACUAUUGAUGAAGAGGGUGAUUUACGUACGGAACUUAGUAGGAGGCGAGCAGAACGGUUAAAUAGAGCUGUUCCUAUUCAGUCGGCAAGACUCUUGCAAUCAGCCUUUAAAGGAGUUGUUAACGAGGUUGCUAAAAAUAAUGCAAAAGUGAAUCAGAGGUUCGCUUUGAAAGGAACUGAGAAACCAACUCAAAAAGAAGUGAGGCGAGUAACUGUGUUGCAUCGAACGCUCAGUGAUCUCCAUGACUCUGAAGAAGAAGUCCCCCUCGAGGCUAAAGUUCCUGUACGUCUGAGACUAGGCGUUAACAAAGUUUUACAAGAAACUAGAGAGACGAAGAUCUCUAGAAAGGCAUCUAAGAAGCAAGGUCGCAAGCCAAAACUUUUUUAUCAAUGAGGGCAACGCGGUCAGUUCUGAGAACUGAAUUUGGAUAUUCGUGGUUUGAAACUUAAAUUAUACUCAAAAGUACAGUUUCAUCUGUAACAAAAAAUAUUUACUCUCAUUGAAGAAUUAUUAUCAUUGUAUAUAUUUAAAAAUAAUUCCUCCAUAAUUAUUUACUUUUGAUUAAAAAAAAAAUUGUUUCUUUUGUGUUGAAUAUUUACUAUUAUUAAUUAUUAAUUAUUAAUUCAUUAUUGUAUAAAUGAAAAAAUGGUCUUUUUGUAAGAAAAAACAUAUUAGAAAUACUUGAAAUUUGAGAGUCUUUGAAAUAUUAUUUUCAUUUAAAUUACCCAGUGUAUGAUAAGACUUAUAAAACUUUUCAUUUUUGAAAAAGAAAACAUUUUUCACCACA